AAAGCGCUUUUUUCCGCCCGCGCCACUUUCAUCCGCCCAUCUCGAUUCACUGAACACAUCCUGCCGUCACUUGCCCAUUACCACUUCAUCGGAGAUUAUUGUGUGACUCAAGGUAUGGCGCUACUUGCCUAAGCCUCCAUACAUUAUCAGGCCUGACUCAUUUUCUCCCUCAGACUAGUGAAACCGUCGCUAUGAUUCAACCCAACCCUUACGUUCUGGCCGCCGACAACCCGGGCGCCGUCCUGACUCUGUUGCAGUCCAACCCCUCCAUCGCCUCGAACCAGGACGAGCACGGAUAUUCAUUACUCCAUGCUGCGGCUUCAUACGGACACAUCGAUCUGCUACGCGCCCUUGUCAAGGACUACAACGUGGACGUCAACCUGCUCGACGAGGACGGUGAAACCUGCCUGUUUGUGACGGAAAGCCUCGACAUUGCGAAAUGCCUUGUUGAGGAACUGGGCGUGGACUACAACAAGAGAAACGACGAGGGCCUCGCAGCCUAUGAGACUAUCGAGAGCGAUGGCUCGUUCCCGCAAAUCGCUGCUUACCUGCGGCAAGUCGCCGGUGUGCCAGAACCUGCCACUGACUCGGCUGGCGACGCACUAAACCCGGCCCCUCCGCUUCCCCCGAAUAUCCAGAUGAACCUGGGCACGGUGUCGGAACAGGAGGCGAGUGCAGGAAUGGAUGAGGUCGACCCCGAGUUCAAGCGGCGCAUCGAUGAGCUUGCGGCGCGGGAGGAUUUCCACAGCGAAGCUACGCAGAAUCAGCUGCGCCAGUUGGUCAUGGAUGCUAUUUCGGGGUCCGGCAUUAACACUCAGGAGCGGGAUGUGCGGCGCAGGACGGAUUAAGGAGAAUCAUACAGCAGAUUGCCAGUAUUCUGCAGCCCUCUGGCAGUAGUGGAUACCCAUUUUCCUGCUUAGGGAUGUCGGAGGUGUUCCGGAGAGGCCGUUUACGUCUCGCAUCAAUUCGCGCCUAGGGCCUUUGGACCUGCAGAUUGAACAAUCCCAUCAUACUGCUAUGCCGCACCCUAUGUGGUCUUGAGCAUUGCAGGAGAGAGGGCCUUCUGACUGAUAACCUGGUACAUGGAGAAAUGGUGCCUCAAUCAGGCGGCACUCCAUGAACAAAAGACCUACACAUGCGCCCAACGCACGCGAACAGAGCAUGACAGGCAGCUGAAAGCGGCAGCAUACUACCUUAUGUGACCAAGAAUAAUACCUUAAUCCG